UACAAUGGUUUAAUAGGAAAGUGAAUAUUUCUCUAAAAUAUUUGUCUCUCUCUCUCUCUCUCUCUCUCUCUCAAACUUUCAAACACAUUCCUCCAUCCUCGUCUCUCUUGAACUACACAUAUUUCUCUUCUCUGAAAACCAGUUUAAACAACUCUGUCUGAAUAAUUCUUGGUGUGUUUUGUUUUCUUUUGAAAUUUAAAAUUUUACAAAGAUAAGGUAAAAAAGAAAAAAGAAAGAAAUGAGGCAAAUUGUUAUUACAGCACUUGUUUUACUACAAGCUUCUGUUCUUCUUCACAAAUUCACAUGUGUUGUUGUGCUCCACAAUACACAAGAAGAAUCUCUUGCUCCUCACCCUUCUUCUUCUGCUUUCACUCCUUCCUUCUCUCCUGGAUAUCCACAGGGAGAGCAUAAACACCAUAGUGACAACAUGAGACUGUUGAUUUCACUUGUAGCUUCUUUUACCUUAGUUGGAAUCUUCUUACUUGGCUUUCUGCUCUAUUGGUUGGUUUUCAAUAGGAGAAGAAACCUCAAGAGCUCAGGGUGUGAGUGUGGUGGAAUCAAGUUCUCACGGUUCUUGUCUAGUAAAACAUUGGACAAGAGAUCUACAAAGCAGGGAGUGGUGUCGUUGAUUGAUUACAGUAUGAUAGAGAAGGGAACUAAUGGUUUCAACGAGAGUAACUUUUUGGGUCGAGGUGGAUUUGGAUGCGUUUAUUUAGCUACGCUAGAGAACGACGUUCAAGCUGCCGUUAAGAAGCUAGACUGUGUCAGUGAUGAAGCAGCAAAAGAGUUUAAGUGUGAGGUUGAGAUAUUGAGUAAGAUACAGCACCCGAAUAUAAUCUCCCUAUUGGGUUAUAGCACCAAUGAUACCGCAAGAUUCAUCGUCUAUGAGCUCAUGCCAAAUGUCUCUCUGGAAUCUCACUUGCACGGACCUUCUCGGGGCUUAGCAAUCACAAUCACAUGGCCUAUGAGGAUGAAGAUUGCUCUUGAUAUAGCGAGGGGACUAGAAUAUUUACAUGAACGUUGCCAUCCGGCGAUCAUUCACAGAGACUUGAAAUCUUCCAACAUAUUAUUGGAUUGUAAUUUCAACGCUAAGAUUUCAGAUUUUGGUCUUGCUGUUGUGAAUGGACCAAAGAAGAAGAACCUUAAACUCUCAGGAACAGUUGGCUACGUUGCACCAGAGUAUCUUCUUGACGGCCAAUUGACAGAGAAGAGCGACGUGUAUGCAUUUGGAGUAGUGUUAUUAGAGCUUUUACUUGGGAAAAAACCUGUUGAGAAGCUAGGUCCUGGUGAAUGUGAAUCCAUCAUCACUUGGGCAAUGCCUUAUCUCACUGAUAGAACCAAGUUACCAAACGUGGUAGAUCCUGUUAUUAAAGACACCAUGGACUUGAAACAUCUUUACCAGGUAGCAGCAGUGGCGGUUUUGUGCGUGCAGCCAGAACCGAGUUAUAGACCGUUGAUUACAGACGUCUUGCAUUCUCUUAUACCUUUGGUUCCCAUGGAACUUGGUGGAACCUUGAAAACCAUCAGAAGAUCUGCUUCCAUGGAUCACUGCUAAAAACACACACCUUAGUACAACCGGUUAUUUUUUAAUCGGUUUAAGAUUGACCCGGUAGGUGGUUUUGAUGAGUAUAUAUUGCGUUCGAAAGUUCUUAACCGUAACUGAGUUUUUAUUUCAUCUUUUGCCUUCUUCAAAAUAAAACUAUUGUUGAACUCAGUUGUCAUGUAAAUGAGAGCGACUUCUUUUUCAGGUUAAACAUUUGAGAAUUAUUUACACAAUUAUUUUUAGUUA